UCGUCAGCGGCUGUCGUGUCGAGCGUGUUUGGAUACGCCUUGGCCCCCCUGCCUGCCCAUGCAACCUUUUUGGCCGAGCUCAUGGCCGAGAGCUGCUCAUCCGAGAAAGCUGCGAAGGGCACGAUGCAGCGGUGAUUGAUGGAUAUGAGGACCGUAUCUCCAUCUCGUUGUUCGUCGCCUUCUCGGAGUAGUCCAUUUUUUCGAGCGCUCCGCCUGAACUUGAGGCCUAAAUGCCCGUUGCCCGAUGAAGCAAGUGACUCUCCUCUACACGCUCACCAACACGCGUCUGGUGAGCGCCGAGCUCCCUGUUGCGAGCUCGGUGCCGCACAAUGAUGUCUUCGACGGCUUUGUGAGCUACAGCAUCGAGUUUUCGAGCUUUCCGGACUUUGCAGGGAACAAGUCGCACCCCAAUACCUACUCGGCCACUCUCCUGGAGAAUAUUGGGCGCAUCAGUGGUACGAAGCCCUACAUCCGCGUUGGCGGCAAUACCCAGGACUAUGCCCUCUAUGACGCCUCCCUGCCCUUCGCCCUCAACGGCACCGUCGACCCGGCACGCUCGCCCGACUACCCGACGACCAUCACCAUCGGGCCGUCCUUCUUUGAAUCCUACAACACCUGGGAGCAUGUGAAGUUCAGCCACGGCUUCAAUCUCGGUCUUGGCGCCAAUCGCUCGAGCGGGUGGCAGACCCUGCUCGACACGGUGCCUCUGGCCUGCAAGGCUCUCGGCGACGGGAAGCUCUAUGCCUGGAGCUACGGGAACGAGCCAGACUUGUAUUCGACGUCAGCGCAGGGUCCCGUGAGACCGCCCGACUGGAACGAAAGUCUUUACGUCUUCCAAUGGCUCAAUGGCACCAGGACUAUCAAGAGGCUAAUUGAGGAGCAUUGCCCUGAGCUGGCAACCGACGACGUCUACGGCUACAUGGCGCCCGACUUUGGCGGCACUGGCAACCACCUGAAAGCCCCAGCAACAUGGGCGGCCGGCCUGGACGACGACAAGGACAUCAAACUAUUCUCAACGCACAACUACAUAAGUGGCGCGACGUCCCCAGGCGUGACCUUGCAGGGCACGCUCAUGAACCACGCCGUGACCAAACGCUCCGUCGACGCCCACAUUAAGGAGUACAACGCCAUUCUUGCUCAAUCCGCCUCCAGAGAUGGCGUGCCGCCGCUCAUCUUCGGCGAGGCAAACUCGCUCUACAACCAAGGUCGCCCGGGCCUGUCGAACACCUUUGGCGCCGCGCUCUGGGGCGUGGACUUCAAUCUCUACGCAGCCUCCGUCGGCUUCAAGCGCGUGCACAUGCACAUGGGGACGAAUUACCGGGUAUGUCGCUUGGCUCUCGUUUUGCUCUCCGUCUCUCUCCCAGCCGUACGUAGCCGAUGUAUUUACGUGUUGCUCGGGUACAGUACGCCGCAUGGCAGCCGAUCUCAACAUCCCUCGCCACAAUCGGCACCAAGGCGCCCUACUACGGCUCCAUAACAGUGGCCGCGGCCCUCGGCAACCUGCGCCGUUCCCCCGCCACCGUGGUCGAGAUCCCCCUCAGCAACUCCUCCAGCUCGGACCUCAUCCCAGAGUCCGCCUACGCAAUUUACACCUCCAAAGGCACCCGCCUCUCGCGCAUCAUCCUCAUCAACAUGCGCUCCUACAACACCACCGUCGCCGGCGCCGGCCUGGUGCCGCUGCCCUCCCCCCCGCCACCGCGCGGCGAAACGGAGUAUGCGCUCCGGCUGCCCGCAGCCACGCCCGGCCGCGCGCUGGCCG